GUAAUUACUAGGUCAGGAGUGAACUGACAGACACACAUAGUCUGGAAUCACAUAAAAGAUGGGUGUUUACGCCAGUACAUUCCCCAAAAGCGGAGACACAAUUAUCUUGGAAUCAACAGACCCCUCACAGUCCAACUGGAUUACUGCUCAUGCCGAAACAUGUAAAUUGUCCAUCCCAGAGGUGCAACGGUGUUGGUCCAGAUUCCUUAUGCUUAAUCCAGACACCAAUGGCAACGUUAAACGAAGCUGCUUUUUAUCUAAUGAUGUAUUCAACAAGAAGAUACUUGAUCAAAUUCCAUCUGCAAAGGAUGAUGGUGUAACAUUUCAGACCUAUUGCAGUGCUGUUUCAUGGUUGGCAAGGGCUCCCCAAGAGAGCAAAAUAAGAGGACUGUAUCAGCUAUUAAUCUCAAAUACAUCGACAAAGGAAUCUCUGCAGAUGCUGCUUAAUAAUGUGUACCCUGAUGUAAGUCCUGAGACCAUUGAUGAUCUUUGCAAACGUCUGUUUCCUGAGACAGAUGUCAUCAAUGAAGAUCAGUUUGUGUCAUUAGUUCAAGCUAUACCACAAGCCCAGGUGGCAUCAGUGCUCAGCUUCUCUGUAAUCCCGCCAGAUCUAGAUGCUUCCCAUGAGCAGAGUUUGCCUUCCAUUAAGACAGCUACAGCAUUGGAGAACAAAGGGAGAGUUCAAGAUGACCAGCUGCAUCAUAUUGCCAUAGAAAUGACAAAAAGAAGGAGAGACUGGAGACUCUUGGCAAACCGCUUAGGAUUUCUAGAGAAGGAUAGCCGGUUCUUUGAGCAAGCUUACCCAGGAGUCAAAGACCAGAUACUGAAAAUGCUGUAUGAGUGGAGAAAUGCGGUGAGAGAGGACUUUCAAUCUCAGACUCUGCAGGAUGCUCUGAAACACACUGCCAACACAGAUAUUCUCAAUGAGGUCUUCACCCUUGGUUUUUAGCAUCACCAGCAUGGACAGUAAGAUGCUUUGAUUCCACCAGUCAUAUGUUAUACAGAAAAUACAUAAUUUCACAAAUAAACUAAAUUGAUUGCUAAUUUUUCUUACUGGUCUACUGAUUGCAUAGUGCAGGCCACUGGAGGCUUGAGUUGGAUACUUUGCCCAGUAUUUUGAAAAAUGCCAGAGCCAAGCUAGAAAUUAUAGAAAUCAUGCAUUUAAGAUAACCAAACCGUGACACUUGGGUUGGGGCGAAAGAAAGUGGGUGCUCCUACCGGAACACCCAUCUUGUGACUCUAGUGUCUCAAGGAGGCAUGUGAGAGUGGCAAAGAAGGUCUGUGCUGCAACAUCACAGACCUCCAUGGCUUGUUCACCUCCCUAGGUUGGUCAGGAAAGGAAAGAUCAGAGGAUCCCCCCAGUGGGGCAGCUACCUAGGACAGUGUCUGAAAUGUUGGGAAGUACAAGGGGAUCUGUGGGUCAGGGUCCUUAAACUUUGUAUUGAUUUGAUUUUAGAAGAGGAUUUUAGAGGAUUUUAAACUUUCAUCUGCUUGGAAG